AUGGGCCGGGCCCGCCCCGCCGCGCGCCGCCCGCACAGCCCGGACCCCGCCGCGCAGCCCGCGCCUCCCCGCAGCCGCGCCCGCGCCCUGGCGCUGCUGCUCGGAGCCCUGGUGGCCGCCGUGGCCGCCGCCGCCGCUGCCCGGGCCUGCGCGCUCCUCGCCGACGCCCAGGCGGCCGCGCGGCAGGAAUCGGCAUUGAAGGUUCUGGGGACCGAUGGCCUCUUUCUCUUUUCCUCGCUGGACACUGACCAGGAUAUGUACAUCAGCCCAGAAGAGUUCAAACCCAUUGCAGAGAAACUGACAGGGUCAGUUCCUGCGGCCAGCUACGAGGAGGAGGAGCUGCGCCAUGACCCCAGCGAGGAGACUCUCACCAUAGAAGCUCGAUUCCAGCCUCUGCUCACAGAGACCAUGACCAAGAGCAAAGAUGGCUUCCUAGGGGUCUCCCGCCUCGCUCUGUCAGGCCUCCGCAACUGGACCACUGCAGCCUCACCCACCGCCGUGUUCGCCGCCCGCCACUUCCGGCCCUUCCUGCCCCCUCCAGGUCAGGAGCUGGGCCAGCCCUGGUGGAUUAUCCCUGGAGAGCUGAGUGUCUUCACGGGCUAUUUGUCCAACAACCGCUUCUACCCACCGCCGCCCAAGGACAAGGAGGUCAUCAUCCACCGGCUCUUGAGCAUGUUUCAUCCCCGGCCCUUCGUGAAGACCCGCUUCGCCCCUCAGGGCACGGUGGCCUGCCUGACGGCCAUCAGCGACUCCUACUACACUGUGAUGUUCCGGAUCCACGCCGAGUUCCAGCUCAGUGAGCCUCCUGAUUUCCCCUUCUGGUUCUCACCCGGCCAGUUCACCGGCCAUAUCAUCCUGUCCAAAGAUGCUACACACAUCCGUGACUUCCGGCUGUUCGUGCCCAAUCACAGAUCCCUGAAUGUGGACAUGGAGUGGCUGUAUGGGGCCAGUGAGACCAGCAACAUGGAGGUGGACAUCGGCUACAUACCCCAGAUGGAACUGGAGGCCAGGGGUCCCUCAGUGCCCUCCGUGAUCCUGGAUGAGGAUGGCGACAUGAUUGACAGCCACCUGCCCUCGGGAGAACCCCUCCAGUUUGUGUUUGAGGAGAUCAAGUGGCACCAGGAGCUGAGCUGGGAGGAAGCUGCCCGGCGCCUGGAGGUGGCCAUGUACCCCUUCAAGAAGGUCAACUACCUGCCCUUCACGGAAGCCUUUGACAGGGCCAAGGCCGAGAACAAACUUGUGCAUUCCAUCUUGCUGUGGGGGGCCCUGGAUGACCAGUCCUGCUGAGGUUCAGGGCGGACUCUCCGGGAGACUGUCCUGGAAAGCCCGCCCAUCCUCACCCUCCUCAAUGAGAGCUUCAUCAGUACCUGGUCCCUGGUAAAGGAACUGGAAGACCUGCAGAUCCAGCAGGAGAACCCACUCCACAGGCAGCUGGCGGGCUUGCAUCUGGAGAAGUACAGCUUCCCUGUGGAGAUGAUGAUCUGCCUGCCCAACGGCACCGUGGUGGGUCCAGGGAACAGGGAACAGCGGGCAGGGACAAGAGAGGUGCUCUCCUCCUCUGUCAUCUCCAUCGCUGGCAUGGGGAUCCUGAGCAGGAGACUUCAGAGGCACUUUGGUGGGGGAGGGGAGUUUAUAGCAAAGUACUUAGUGCAGCAACAGCGUCAACAUGUCCCCAAGGGAACCUUGUCAGUUCAGUGGACAAAACAUGGCCCCAGGGAACGUUCCCUGGACCACUGUAGCCAGGGAGGAAGAAUAGAGAGGAGUAGAGGAGGGCCUGGCCUGAGCCAGCCUUUCAGAUCCCCCUCACCCUGCAGGCUGCUCAGAGGGACGCCGAGGGUAGAGGACCGUGCAGGGGCGUGGAGUGGCAUUGUCUUGUCACAGGGGCUCCAGCGUCUUGGCAAACCGGGCGGGGUGUGGCAUCAAAAGGACCACUGCCUAGCGAGCGAACCAGACACGUGGAGCCCCACAGCCAAUUUAGUCCUGCGGCCAAGCCAAGUGUUGUUCUGCGCAGAGACCCGGGGUCCAGCCGGGGGUUCACACCUGGGGGACACCCCUCCCCCCCGGACACCCCACCCCUUUUGCAUUGUCCUCCUGCCCCACUGGCCCGGACUACACUUCCCAAGAUGCUCCGCUCCAAAGGGGCGGGGCACUCCAGACCUGGGGGGUGGGCCCGGCACGUGCCGCGCCCUCAGCCAAUGCGGAGCCCGCGGCUGGGUCACGUGCCGCUGUUUGGCGCUUUUGUGCGCGCCCAGGGCUGUUGGUGCUCAGAGUGUGGCCAGGCGGCUCGGAGCGAGCAGGUGGUGCUGGCUUGGCGUAGGCUGCGGAGACGGCGGGCUAGGAACCGGCCGGGAAGGCGGCGGGCCGCCAGCGGGAGACGCUGGAGGGGCAGGGGCCCCGAGACCUGGCGGGCGGGCGGGGGCGUUCGUCUUUUGUGUGAGGCUCGGGCGGAGCUCGGCUUUUGUCCCUGCUCCCCGGGGACGCGGCCUUGGUGAGGAGCGGGCGCGGCCAGCCGUGGGCUUCAGCCCCGGGUGCGAGCGUGGAGACAAUAGGGGCCUGGGCCGUCCCCCUGCUUCCAUGGUCCGGUGGGCGCGGCUCCUCAGGGGUCCCCAUUGUCUGAUGGAGAGCGAGGCUGCGCGGCGCCCGUGCCCUGGAGGGGCGGCGCCCGCCGGGGCUCCCGGGGCUCCGUGGCGGACGGUCGCGGGCAGCUCUGGGGACUCGAGCUGGGGUGGAGGCGGUGCGACGGAGCCCGCUGCAGCGCACCCCAGGGCUGCGGAGCCGCGAGUAUUUUUGGCGGGAGUUGGGGGGGGUUGGUUCGGGAGACGGCAGCGCGCUGCCCGCCCGGGAGGGCGGGGCCACCCCCGAGGACCGUUAGCCCCGCCAUCCCGCUGCUGCCCACGCGCGCGGGCUCCCGAGUGUGGAGAGGUUCGCGGAGAUUCGAAAAGGCGCGGGGCGCGGAGGGGCGGGGCCAGGGGCCGGAGCGGAGGGCGGGUUCUGAUUGGCCCGGGCCGCCAGCCUGCCCGCCCGGGCCAGGACCACGCCCAUGCUGGGUAG